AUGACUGGGAUGCGACACCGCCGCUCUGGCCGUGCAUUUGCUGCCGCACUGGCUGCUCUCAUGCUCUCAGCCUGUGCACCCAGGGCUGCUGUGGCCAUUCGCCUGCCAACUGAUUCCAGCAUCAAGUGCUCAGUGGGUUACGUGAAGGACGCACAAGGCAACUGCGUUGACUCGUGCACGGUACGCAACUGCGGCACCAACGCGAGGUGCCUCAAGAGCCAGGCGGGCCGGGCGGACUGCGUGUGCGACAGGGGCUUCAAGCUGCUGCCCGAUGCGUCCUGCGCUCUUACUGCUGUUUUUAUGUUCCCGUCGCUCCUUCCUCCUCUGGCAGACACGUGUGUGCUCCAGGAGUGUGGGGAGAACGGCCAGUGCGUGCAGGACGAGAACGGGGUGGCGUCCUGUGUUUGUGACCCUGGCUUCACGCUGCGGGAUGAUGGCAAGUCUUGCCAUGACAAUUCACCCAACGGGCCACCUGAUUUUGUUGACCUGCCACCUGCUGCUAGCAACCGCCCCUGCCCAGCGGGUGAAGAAAGGGACGCAGACGGCAACUGCGUUGACUCCUGCGUGGUACGUAACUGCGGGCCCAACGCCAAAUGCCUCAAGAGCGAGGGAGGCUGGGCGAACUGCGUGUGUGAAAGGGGCCUCAGACUGAUGCCCAAUGCGUCCUGCUCUCACUCCUGCUUGAUAAUGGACUGUGGGGAGAACGCGUACUGUGAGAAGGAGCAGGAGCUCGCCGUCUGUCACUGCAACUGGGGCUACGCCAUGACAGACACCGGCUGUGUUGGUCAGUGCCGUGCAAUGCGUGACAAAUCUGUCUGUGGAUCUGCCACAUGUGGGAACUGUCCGAAACGUGCCACAUGCACAGUGGUCUCAUCUACCAAAAUGGCUCCGUACUGCAUCUGUCCUACUGGCUAUGGCAUGACCAAAUUUGGUUGCAUCCGCGGAGCCACCCCAACAGUCUCCUCCGCAAGUUUCACCUUCUAUGACAAUACCGAUUUCACCUUAUCACCCUACACCUACACCACGCGCCUCAACUACAUUGCAUGCACCAACGUGCCUAGGCCAAUUAGUUCCAUUCACCAAUCAUACUGGCGUGUGGACCAUGCACCCGGAGGGGCUGGGGAUUGCAGGAAAAUCGUCAUUUAUCAGUAUCCAAACUGCUACUGA